ACAACUAUGCAUAAGCAAUCAAAGUAAAUAAAUUCAUAAAUUGGAAAAUGCAACUUUAAGGCGCAAGCUCGAGCUUAGGAGAGAGCUGAGGAGAUGCUGCGCGCGUUUUUGAAGCCACAGCGAUGGGGCUGCUGGAUGCAGAGGGCGCAGCGCCUGCUGAGCCAGCGCAGGCUGCCGACGCGCGAGCAGCAGCUGGCGGCGCUGAAGAGCGAGCAGUACGAUGUGCUGGUGGUGGGCGGAGGCGCCAUUGGCUGCGGCUGUGCGCUGGAGGCGGCGACGCGCGGCCUAAAGACGGCGCUGGUGGAAGCUGCGGACUUUGCCAGCGGCGCCAGCAGCAAGUCGAGCAAACUGAUCGAAGGCAGCAGCAGUUAUAUGAACGCUGCACUGCAGCAUGGAGAUGUGCAGCAGAUUUAUAUGCUGGAGCAGCUGCUGAAGGAGCGUGCAACAAUGUUGCAUAUAGCGCCGCAUCUGAAUCGGGUGCAGCCAAUGCUAAUGCCGAUAUACAAUGCGCUAAGUCUGCCGCUUUAUUGGCUGGGGCUGAAGCUCUACGAUGUGCUGGCGGGGAAUGCAAAUGUGCGUGGCUCGCACUUUCUGAGUCGGCAGGCAACGCUUAAGCAGUUUCCGCUGCUCAAGAGUGAAGGACUAAGAGGUGGACUCGUCUACUACGAUGGGCAGCUGGACGAUGCGCGCAUGUGUUUGGCACUAGCGUUGACGGCAGCGCAGCGGGGCGCAGCUGUGGCCAACUAUGUGCGACUGCUGCACAUAGCCGACGACAAGCUGCACUGCCGCCUGGCGCUAAUGAAGAAUGUGCUCACGGGCGAGGAGUUUGCCAUGCAGAGCAAGUGCAUCAUCAAUGCCACGGGCGCCGAGACCGACAGCAUACGCAAGCUGGACGAUGCCAGAGCGCACAAAAUCGCGCUGCCACGCAUCGGCACGCACGUCUCGCUGCCCGGUUUAUUCGGCAGCAGUCACUGCGGCCUGCUGCUGCCCAGUCGGCGGCUGGGCGAGGAUCCGCUGCUUAUGCUGCCCUUCGAGCAGCAUUUGCUUGUCGGCGGUCUCGAUGUGGAGCGUGUGGGCUGCAGCGGCGUCACAGCGCCCACACCCAGCGUUGCUGCUGUCGAGCGUUUGCUGCAGCAAACGCGUGAUACGCUCGAGCCGCAUGUGCAGCUGCAGCCGCGUCAUGUGCUCAGCGCCUGGACAGGCAUUCGGCCGUACAUUGUGUGUCCCUACAGCAGCAGCGAGCAGCAGCCGGUGCCGCAUUUCCUGGUCGAAGUCAGCGACAAGCGCAUGAUCAGCUUGGCAGGCGGCCGCUGGGCUAGUUACCGCGUCAUGGCGCUGGAAGCCAUCGAAACCGCCAUUGACUAUUGCCAGCUGCAGCCGCUGGAGACGCGCAGCUGCACCAGGCAGCUGCUGCUCGAUGGCGCUGAGGACUACUGCGAGCUGCUGCCGCUGCAGCUGGUGCAGCAGCAUCAGCUGCCACUGGAUGUGGCACAGCACUUGGCCGACUCCUAUGGCAGCAAUGCGCUCGAGCUGUGCGCCCACGCAAGCGCCAGCGACAAGCAGCGUUUGCAUCCGCAAUUUCCCUACAUUGAAGCUGAGGUGACUUAUGCCUGCCAACGCGAAUACGCUUGCAAUUUGGUCGAUGUUAUUGCCAGACGUCUGCGCGUUGCUUUUGUGGAUGCGCUGGCUGCGCUGCAGCUGCUGCCCGAUGUGCUGCGUCUGAUGAGCGAGCAGCACGGCUGGACGCAGUGUGAGCAGAAGCAACAGCUACGCGCUGCGCAGCAGUUUCUUGUCGAUGAAAUGGGCUUGGGCUCAAUUGUUUCCAUGCGCGCCAAAUUAAUUGCUCAAGCGUUAGAGGCGCAGCAGCCGCUGCAAAUGAGCGUGCGCAUUAAAAGAUCCAAGGCGUGCAUGUCUCACAAUUUAGCUGCAGUAACUAGCAGUGCUAGUCAGCCAGCUGACACCAUUUUAAGCCAAACUGAUUCUGUUCUAAGCCACAAAUGCGACAGCGACACCAAAAGCUGAAGCUAAAGUCUCGCGCUUAAAAGUAUGCAACAAAAUUUGAUUUCACUUUCAGACACACACACACAUGCAUGCCGACUGCUGUCUAUGUGUUUCUAUGUGUAUGUAAGUUAGCAUGCGUGUGUGUGUGCGUGUCGAACAUUAG